AGGUUUUUUUUUACUACUCAAUACAGAAUGAAGGACACAGAAUGCACUGCACCAAGAUCAUUUUUCACUGAGAUUGUGGCAGCCAUAUCUGAUGUUAAAUUCUCAAGUGAUGGACAGCACAUCUUAAGUCGUGAUUACAUGAACCUAAAGCUGUGGGAUAUACGGAAAGGUUCUUCACCAAUUGCAAUAUUUAACAUCCAUGAGCAUCUGCGCCCUAAGUUAUGUGAUUUGUAUGAUAAGGACUCUAUAUUUGACAAAUUUGAAUGCUGCUUCAGUGGAGAUGGAAUUCAUUUUGCAACUGGAUCUUAUAGCAAUCUUCUUCAUGUCUUUUCCCAUGGUAAUGGAAGUGAAAAAGGGAUUACAAUAGAAGCCAGCAAAAUUCCAGACAGCUUUUACGAACUUUCUUCCUAUGGGGACAGCAAAGGAAUAAUGGUCUGGAGUAAAUUCAUGAUUUUGAUAAAUAAAUGAAUUAAAUUAGAGGAACUGAAACUAUUAUGUGAAGGCAGUCACGCAAUUUUUUUUUUGCAAAGAUGACUUUCGUGACCUGGUCAUUCCAUGAUGCUGAAUCUCCUUGUUCUAGAUUGCAUGUUUGUUGCUACAAUUGUUCAGAAUGUAUCGCAGGAAACUCCAGUCCAUCUUUUUUCUUUUCUGACCUGAAUUGCAGCUCUUUGAAAAUUGAAAACAGGAAGCUGCCUCUCCAAACUACCCUUAAGUCAAGAAGAUCAUCCUUAAGUAACCUAACACGCAGGUUUCACAGACAAGGUACAAGUUCCUUCUAUUCCCCUUUCCCCCCUCUUGUUUUGUCUUUGUCUAAUGCAUUGUGCAUUGUGAGGCCGUUGAGUUUAACAAUUUUUUCAGUAAAGCAGAUGAAUGUGAAAUCAGAUUCCCAAGCAGCUUCCCCAAUGUUGUUUCUUCUAAUUAUUGCAGGGCAUGAAAACACCAGCCUUAGCAGCAAUGACUUUUUGGGUAACUUGAGCUGUAAGCUACAACAUCUAGCAUGGCAUCCAACCACAAACUUGAUUGCUUUUGCUUCUCGGAAUAGCUUGUUUUUGUAUCAUGCAUAGUUCCUUUGUACAAAAAUAACAAUUGUAAUAUUAAAAGGGGAAGGAGAAAUCAGUCCAUGUUGAAAUCAAUCGAGACAAAAUUUAAGUAUUAGAAAGGAUAUUAAAGUAAUUGUAUAAUUACAGAGGAGGUGAUAUGACUCUAGAAUAAAGUAGAAAAUUUGUUUGGACUGAUUCAAUUUGGACUGAUUUUUCCUUUUCCCAGAUUAAUUUGUAAUUUAUGUCUUAUUUUCCACACAUUAACCCCAAAUAAGAAAAAUGAGAAUUUCAC